CGCCAUUAAAUUAUUGAGUAUAAUAUCAAACAGUACCUACUAAAAUUUCUGAAAAUGUCUAGGUAUAAAUUCCUAAUUCUUAUUUUAAUGAUUAUGAAAUCGUUAUAUUAUUCAGAAGCCGGAAAUAACAGUGAUACAAACACAGUCGAAGGAGGCGAAAGAUUGUACUGCAUCAACAGAAUGCAUAACGGAGGCUAUCCACGAAUAUACGAAACAUAUGUAGAUUAUAUGACAAGGAUAUCAAAAGGCAAACAAUAUAAACCUAUCUCGAAUAAUGAGUUCGUUACAUUCAAAUCAUAUUGUCCAAAUAUCGGAGAAAUAUAUGACGAAUAUUUUAACGAUAGGCAGGAUCUUUUUGAAAUUGUAGGAUAUUCUGAAACAGAAUUUACAGCGGUUCUAAAAUCAUACCCAACGUUUUUGGAAACUAAAUCUCAAUUCUUAAGUAGGAUCGACUUUGGCUCACUAGGACUGGACCAGUCUACGAGUCCAUCUGACUACUAUAUAGGAUUACGGUCAUUGUAUCCAAUAUUUGCUGAAUCUCAUAUAGAAUAUUCAGCUAGAAUAGAGACAAAAGGACUCGUUCCAAUGAAACUUGAAUCAUUCAUUUUAUACCAAGCCUAUUAUCCGAAUCUAUGUGUACAGUAUAUUGAAUUUGCUUAUACAAUGGACAUAUUUGAUCGAACAAUACCCAGGUUUAAGAAAUUGAAACUAUAUUUAUAUUCUGAAGAUGUUUACGAUCGUUUAAAAACCAUAUUUCCAAAACCAUUUGAAAGUCAAGUACACUUUUAUAAUCGAUUGACAGCGGAUGAUUUUAAUUUAAUAUACGAUCGAUUCUAUGCAAAAAGAAUGUACCCUAAAAUGUCGGAAACGUAUGAAGAGUACUGCAAUAGAAUUAAUAGUAUAUUUUUCCCAGAUCAGACCGAGCUGAUGACUUCUGAGUAUAAGAAAUCUAAUUGGCUAAGACCAAUACCAUAUCAUAUGUUUGUGGAAUAUAAAAAAAACUAUCCACAGUUCCUAUAUUUAUACAAUGAAAUAAAUUUUGAGGAAAAGAAUAACAACAUCCCAUACAGACCAGUGUUAGAGCAAAUCGACGAAGCAGUUACGCACUAUACUGAUGAAGCGCUAUUCAACAUUGAUUAUGACGCGAUCUAUACGUUUCUGUUAGAAAAUAACGCGAGUUACAUACACCAAAGAAAUUUGGUCGAAAUACAUAUGGAUAUCAUAACAUUCAAAUUGUUAGUAAAAAGAUUACCAAAUGUAUAUGAAAAUUACCAAAUCUACAGACAAAGAAUGUUUAUGCUUGCAACCAAUAUAUUAGAUGAAGAAGAAGUCAACGAUUUAAAAAAAGUUUACAUAAGACAAUGUGAAAAAUAUGAGGACUAUAGAAAAAGAAUGAAACAAAUGGAUAUAAAUCCAACAUCUAGAGAAAUUGCGGACAAGUUUAAAAUGACUGUUCCAAGAGAAUACGAGAAAGGUGGCGAACACCAAUAUUUCCAUUUCUUGAGUAGUGAUCGACACGAUAAAGGAAAGAAUUGUUUCAUCUAUGGAUAUAAAAACAAAACUCUACCAUUUUUUCUUGAAUACCUGGAAGAAGCAACUCCUUCAAAUGAUGAUCCCGAAUCAGUACAAAAAGUGUAUUAUGAUGAUAAACACAUACAUGAAAGACAAGUGUAUAAUGAGCAUAUGCUUGAUUAUCACUACAUAAAAGCAUUUAGCUACCCCAGUUAUAAAGCUUUCAAAUAUGUUCUUCCACGUCCAUUUGAGAAAUACGGAAGUUACGAGAGAAGAAUAAACAAAUUUCGAAAAGAUUAUGAUUUUAGUGAUUAUGAGGACUUGAAUUGUUACGCACGAGAUAUUUUCAAAUCAUUUAUACAGCCAUUAACAAAGGACGAAUUUUUGGAUUUAAAACUAAGAUUUCCAAAACUAAGUGAAACACCACGUGAAUAUGAAGACAGAUUAGAAACCGAUUACAGUUUAGAUAUAGCCAUUGAUAAUCAUCAACUCCAUCUGUUUCAUCUUAUAAAACAUAGUCAAAUACAACUAUAUGAUGACUAUAAAGGUUACGAAAAGAGGUUUCAAAAAUUAGUGAUAAACAGGAGAAAGUUUCUUAAGGAUUUUGGUAUUUCACUGCUUAACGAGACUGAGUUUAAAUUAUUCAAAGAAUAUUUACCAACUAGGCCAUAUGUAAUUGACUAUUCAGCAUAUACUAUUGAUAUGAAGAUGAAGGGAGAUACUGAGUACAUGUUAGAUGUAAACGACUACGACGAUUUUAUGAAAGUUUUUCCAAAAUAUUAUGACACAUUUGAGGAGUUCAAUGAACUAAUGAAACAUCGUUAUCUAGAUCCAGUUUCAAAAGAUUAUUUCAAAAUAUUUAAGGAAAUCCAUCCACACUUUUUUGACAAGGAUUUUAAAGGCUACUCAUCAAGAAUAUUAAAUUAUAGUCUUUCUACUACUCGUAGUUUCAAAAAUGAAUUGACAAAAUUUAGUUUAUCUCCAAUAAAUAAUUUAGCUGAGUUCGAUACAUUUAUGGAUAAUAUUCCUAGACCAUUUGAACCCAUUACGGCUUACAAAAAGAGAUUACCAAAUGUCUCGAUGAAGUCUAAAGAUUACGAACGUUUCAAACGCAUUUAUCCAAAAGUUUCAAGUACCAUUUCUGAAUAUUCAAUGUUAAUGGAAUCUAUGGAAAUUUCAAAGGCUGAUGAAUUCUUCAUAAUUUAUAAAAACCAAUUACCUAAUGUCAGCGACAAAGAAACAUAUGAUGUAUACAUGAAAAAAAUUAAUGACAAACAAUCAUUUAUGAUGACAGAAGAUGAAUACCGUUUAUGGUUUUUAAGAUUACCAAAGGCACCUGAAAGAUAUUUAAAUCAUAUAAAAACGAUGAUAAAAUUAAAGGAAAAUAAUGUUGAGGUGGAACCUUUAGAAAAACAUGAAUUCGAUGAUUUAAAAAACCUGUUUUCAAUACCCUAUGAAACUUAUAAAGAACACUAUAUUCGGUUAAAAAGUUAUAAUUUAAGAAAAUUAACGAGGAAUCAAUUCAUAAGAGAAAAAGCCUAUCGAGUUCUCGUAGGUGAAACCUAUAAGAGCCAUGUCGAAAGAAUACGACAGUUGUUUAAUGAACCGGAUUAUGACUUAACCAAGGAAAAAAUAGUCGAAGAUCAUGGUAUAGAGACACUGAUUCCGAACAAUUUUGCAGAACAUGUGUUAUCUUAUCCAUUCAACUAUGAUACUUUAAAAAAGUUUUUGUCGAGACAAGAAAUUAUUAAAUCUGAUUUAGAUCCUGAUCCAUUAGUUAAAACUGAAAUUUGGUAUAAAAGAAUGAAAAAUCUCUUGCCAAGAAUAAAUGAAAAUAUUCAAAUGUUCAAAGAAAGGGUAAAAACAUACAAACUAUUAUUUCCAGAAAUCACAGAAAUACAGUUCUAUCGACAUAAAUACGCUUUGCCACAUCCAGCAGAAUCAUAUACAACUUUUUAUUCAAGAACUCAGUAUAUUAUUUCUGAUAAUAAACAAGAUGAAACAUCUCCGGCAGACCCCGCCGAAUUGUUAAUGGAACACAAGAAGGAGUUGUACGAUAUUUUCGUAGCACUUUCUCCAAAUUUUCUUAUUGAUCACCCGACGUACUGUGAAAAAGUAAAGGAGUAUGAAGAACCGCUGGAUAAAGACGAGUUCUUUGUAUUCAAGCAAUGUUUACCUAAACUACAAGACUCUAUUUUGGAACAUAAUAACAAAAUUACACUAAUGGGUUUGGCCGAAGUUAAGGACGAACCUUACAACAAAUUGAAAAUAUUUUAUCCACGGAUCUAUCACAUUUCGUAUGACAAUUAUAUCUUAAACAUAGAGCUAAAAUAUGGCAAAGAAGCAAAUGACCUUCGAGGUGUUAUAGAUGCCCUGAAGCUGUCUAGAAAUGAAUUCACUGAGUACAAAAACAAGUUCCCAAAACUAUUUGAGUUUUCUUACGUAACUUAUCGGAAACGGAUGGAAAAUAAAGAUAUGUUCACAAAGGAGGAAUUUAUGGCAAUUAGAAAAGCCAACUUUCCACUGCCAGAUGAAAACUACAAACAACAUAAAUCAAAAAUGGAUUCUCUUGAUUUAGACCCCAUCCCAUAUGAUGUAUUUUGUUUUUUAAAAGGACUUUAUCCCGAUGUGUUUGAACUAAGAUAUUCAUAUAGGAUUACAAAAGUAUACAAAGAACUUCAACGCGUCAACUAUCUAGAUGCUAAAUACAAAUUAUGCGUGGGAAACGAAAUAGUUUCAGAAAUUAUUGAAAGAUCAAAACCAUAUCUAGAACUACAAAAUAAAGUUCAGAAUUUCUUGCUACAUAUGAUGACUAGUGAAGAAUUUAACCGGUUAACAAAAUAUUUUCCAAUGGUUUUUAAACCAUAUUCUAAUUUUGUUGAUUGUUGGAAUAAUGCACAAAAAAAUUCAAAUGGUAACCUUGUACCAGAGUCAGAUGUUAUGGAUGAAGAACUGUUUAAAUCAUUUAAAAAAGCUUAUUUUGUAUCAUUAAACGAAACCUAUGUGGAGUAUAAGACAAGAAUGAAAUCUCUAAAACUAACCGCUGUUCCCAGUAACUAUUUUCGUUACUUCAAAUCAGUUUAUCCACAUUUAUUUAACACAUAUCAAUAUUACUCAGAAAAAACUGGAUUAUAUAGAACCUUUGAACUAAGAAAUAUUCAAAGCCAUCUGACAAAUAAAAUAGAAUCAAUAGGCUACUAUCCUUUACCCAGUAAAGACUAUACUAUUUUUCAAAAAUAUUUUCCAAGAAUAUUUGAUUCUCAUACAAAUUACUUAAAAAAUAUUUUUGAAGAAAACGAACAUAACAAAAAUGAAGGUGGGGAUGAAGAUCUGAUGCCAAUCAUUUUCAACCACGAUGAAUUUGAUUCAAUUAAAACUGCUUAUUAUCCAAGACUAUCUGAAAAUUAUGAUAGCUAUAAAGCAAGAAUGUUCAGCUUAGGUUUAUGGGUUUUGGAAUACAAAACAUUUAAAAGUUUUAAAGCUGUUUAUCCUAAUCCUACGACAUCUGCAGCUUAUUCUGAAUACAAAAAAGUCUUCGAGAAUAUAGAUAACAACGAAGGUACACCUAUAAUUGGAAUACGACACAUUAUGACUGAAGAGGAGUUUGGUAUAGAUUUAAUACAAGAUUUUCCGAAACUAUUUGAAAGUUGGGAAGAAUUUGAUGAAAGAAGACUAAUUUCAAGUUCAAAAGACAAAACGAAUAGGUUAUUCAAGGAUGAUGGAAUUUUUUCCAAAAACUUAUUCAAUGAUAUAAAAAUCGUUUACUAUCCAAAAUUGGGACAAAAUUUCAUAUUAUUUGUAACAAUUAAUAAUUCUUUAGAACUUCCUGCUAAUACUUUGAGAUGGAUGAGUCACUAUCAAAACGUAAUAAAAUUGUAUCCAAUGUUUUUUGAAAGUUUUGAUGAUUAUGAAGUUCGCCUUAAAGGAAUGCCAUUAGAGUGUCUAAAAUUGAAUGAAAAAAUGUUCUAUACAUUCUUUGAAAUAUUUCCAUUCCCAUAUGAAUCGUAUCCACAGUACAAGAUAAGGAAUGCUGGUGCAACAUAUAAGUUAAGCGAAGAAGAAUUCACAAAUUUUCGACUAGUUUUUCCACUUAUAUCUGAAACAUACAAUAAAUACAAACAGCGAUUGGGAUCUGAACUUAGUAUUGAAUUCAUGGAAGAAAAAUUGUUUGAGCUUUUCAAGUCAUUGUUUCCACAAAUAGAUGAAACUUACGAAACUUACAAAAGUCGCGUCGACGAUAGUUUGAUGAACAGUAACGAAACAACACAGAAACAGCUAGCAUUCUUCGUCGAGUAUAUGAAAUUUCACGCUUUGGAUUAUAAAACGUACGAAGGUACAGAUUUUACUGCAGAAACGUCCAGAGAUACCGACACUGUUACAAAAACAAUUGAAGGUGCGGAGAUUACUGCAGAAACAUCUAGAGCCACGUAUAUCAAAACAUAUGGAGCUAUGACCUACGAAGAAUUUAAAGCGUUCAAAUUAAGUUUACCAAUACCAAAUGAACUUCGUGAAGAUUAUAUAUUCAGAAUAAAUAAACUUGUGCUUCUAAGAAAAUGUGAUGACACUGCCGAAGAAGUUAAACCUGAAAUAUUACCUUUAAAGCUUUUUCAAGAUUUACUAAAUUGGUAUCCAAAAGAUUCCAAAAGUAAUUAUGAUGAUUAUUGUAAAGAAAUGAAAGAUAUGAAAAACAUACCGGUGUCAAGUACUACAUUUAACGAAUUACUCACAGUUUCAAAAUCGAUGAAUAAAAAUCCCUUUACAUUUGAUGACAUAUCAUUCUACAAAAUAAUCGUUACUUCAAGAAAUCAGAAAUCACAUCCAUCGUGGCCGUGGUACGUAGAUAAAAUUUUAGCGAGACGUAAAAUGAAAAAAACAAAAUUUUUAACACCACUGAAAAACCUGGAUCAUAUCAAUAAAAUUUAAAUUAAAAUGUUAA